AUGCCUACCCAACCUUCCAGCAACUUCUUUACAGAAGUUAGUACGCAGAACAUGCCAGCCGAGGACACCAAGGUCCAGGCAUGGAAAGCAUUCCACGAGCCCAAGGCAGAGCUUGCGGAUAGCGGUUCUGUUAUGGUUGACAUCCCUAAAACCGAAGAGACAGUAGAAGGUGGUUAUCUCGGUCGAUCUGCCAUGACUGGCUCUCUCGGGGGCUCCUAA